AUGAAAGUAACGGAAUUAAAAAGCCUUGUAUUCAGCCGCCUAAGUUUAAAUGAACAAAUUGCUUUAAAAAAUUCUGGACGUCCCACUCCAGAAUUACAUAUAGUACAAGAACAACCGCAGUACAAACACCGAAAUUCUUUUAAACGUAAGUUUGAUAAAAACAUUUACAAUAAAACUAUCUGGAUUUGUGGGUGCGAAGAGACAAAUUCAUUUUUUUGUUUUGUUUGUUUGCUUUUUGGUGGAGGAGACGACGACUGGACAAAAAAUGGGGUUAAUGAUUUAAAACAUCUAUCAUUGAAAAUAAAAAAACACGAACAGAGUUUCAAACAUAAAAACAAUAUAGUAAGUUUUCAAAUGUUGGGAAAAAUUAAUAUUGCUACAUCUAUUAGUAGUGCUUAUACGGAACAAAUUCGUAAACAUAAUGAAACAGUUAAAAAGAAUAGACAGGUACUUUCAAAAAUAAUAGAUAUAUUAAAACUAUGCGGAACGUGUAAUCUUCCUCUUCACGGUUAUAACGAGAAAAAAGGCUCUUUAAAUAAAGGCGUAUUUUUAGAAUUAAUAGAUUUCUUAGCAAAUGCCGACGGUACCUUUAAUAGUCAUAUUCAAGAACCAACCGUAUUUAAAGCCACUUCGAAAACAAUCCAAAAUGAAAUUCUUCAAUGUAUGUUGAGCGUAUCCCGUGAACACAUUUUAGAAGAAACUAAAAAGACUCAGUUUCUUGCUGUUAUGACUGAUGAUACUACCGACGUUUCGACACUUAUGCAGACUGUCAUUGUUUUACGAUACGAAUUGAAUGGAAAAAUACACGAGCGUUUUUGGGGUUUUGCAAACCCAGAAAGCCAAGAUUCAAGUGAACUAUCAAAAUGUAUUUUGCAACAAAUUUCACCUAUCUUAGAAGAUUGUCCUGAUAAGUUAAUUAGUCAAACAUACGAUGGAGCGGCUGUUAUGCGCUGCCAUGUAGUGGGUGUUAAUGUAAAAAUUCAGGAACACUACAAAAAUGCGCAUUUCGUUUAUUGCUAUGCUCAUCAGUUAAAUAAAAUAAUAGAACAGACAGUUUCAAGUAUAAUUAGUGUUAGAGUCUUUUUUUCAAAUUUAAAAGGCAUGUCCACAUUUUUUUCUCAAUCGCCAGACAGAAUGGCAGCUCUGAAUGAUGUUUGUGACAAACAUAUUCCAAGACUGUCAGAAACCUGUUGGAAUUUUCACUCUCUCCUCGUACAAUCUGUUUUUAACAACAGAGAGGAGAUUAUAGAAUGCUUUGAAAAUAUAGUAGCAGGAAUUCCCAAAAAUUAUAAUGUGGAAACUGUAAAAGAAGCAUCUGGAUUUCUUAAAUGGCUAGAAGAUGAUAAUUUUUUGUUUUGGUUGAAUUUUUUCUCCAAAGUCAUGACCCAUGUCGACAUUUUAUAUAGCCAAAUUCAAAAAAUUGAGACUGAUGUAGUUAAAAUUCAGAUUUGUAUCGAUAGAUUCGAAAAAGAGAUUGAAAAUGUUAGAUGCAACUUGCCUUCUAUUGCUAAUGACACAGAACGACCUAGAGAAGUAGAAAAAAAACGACGCAGGCUUAACGAAGAAAAUAUUAAUAUAUCUGCAAGGGAAGUGUGUGAUAUAAUAAUUUCAGAGGUGAAACAUCGUUUUGCCUUUAAAGAUCACUUAAGUGGUGCAAAAUUGUUUUUAAAAGAAUGUUAUAUAGAUUAUAAAAAGAAUCUACCAUUUCAAGAUAUUGAAAAAUUUUGUAAUGCAUAUCCUAUGGUAGAUAAGGAAGCUUUAAAAAUAGAACUAGCUGUGUUUUAUUCCCGAGAAGAAGUAACUGACUCUGCCUCAGAAUCUGCAAACCCCAAUGAAAGUGAAAAUUUUACUGGAUGCUUACCCACAUUGAACUUUAUUAUUUCUUUUGGUUUAGAAAGUGUUUUUAAAGAAAUUGUGAAAGUUAUAAAAAUUUUGGUUACCAUUCCUAUGACGACUUCUGAAACUGAAAGAUGUUUUUCUACAUUAAAAUUAAUCAAAUCGUUUUUAAGAAGUACAAUGAACAAAGAAAGCAUAACAGCACUGGCGAUGCUAUCUAUUGAAAAAACUAUGGUGCAUGAAAUUGAAAACUUUAAUGAAAAAGUCAUUGACAAGUUUAUUGAAGACAAAAAUCGUCGGAUGAUUUUUCAUUUCAAAAGUUAG